GAGAAUUCCAUCUCUCCAUCUCUUCUCCCUCUUCACCCUGUGUGGGUUAACUUAACGGAUACAUAGCAGUCCACUCCUCCUCUUUCUUCUCUCGUUCUUGGAAAGCUUCAAUCUCAUCCCUUGUUACUUGCUCUUUUUUUGUAGGCAGCUCUUUUUCCCAGCUCUUCCUCCCAGCUCUUCGUCCCUGCCACCACUUGCCUUUCUCUCUCUCUUUCCUUCACUUUUCUUUUUUGACGUGACCAGUGACAGGUUCAGAGCGAUAGCAGGCUGCCUAUCAAAGGAGGAGAGAUAAAGAGAGGGGGAGAGGAAGAGGAGAAGCCUGCUCUUUGAUCAAGUCUGUCAGCCCAAACAACCACAAAUACAGGCAGCAUGUCUACUCCCGUGUCCCCGUCCCCCUCCCUCUCCCCCCUGACCCUGGCCUCCCCCGUGGCCACCCCUGGGGCCUCUCCCCUGCCCUCCCCUCUCACCCCCCCUCCCAGGGUGCCAGUGUUCCAGAGGAAGGGGGCGCUGAAACACAAGAGGAUCAUCGAGGUCAAGGACCACCAGUUCACCGCUCGCUUCUUCAAACAGCCCACCUUCUGCAGCCACUGCACUGACUUCAUCUGGGGAAUUGGAAAGCAGGGAUUUCAAUGUCAAGUGUGCAGUUUCUCUGUCCACAAGCGAUGUCACGAGUAUGUAACCUUCACCUGUCCUGGAGCCCCCACUGCUCCUACAGAAGACUUGAAGAGUAAACACAGAUUUCGACCUCAGACCUACACUUCUCCAACGUUCUGUGAUCACUGUGGUUCUCUGCUCUAUGGCCUUAUCCAACAGGGCAUGAAAUGCUCCUGUUGUGAGAUGAAUGUCCACAAGCGUUGUGAGAGCCUGGUGCCCAGCCUGUGUGGUCAAGAUCAUACAGAGAAGAGAGGCAGGAUCCACCUGACCGUCCGGGGAGAGAACGAGGACAUCUUCAUCACAGUGCGGGAGGCUCGUAACCUGAUCCCCAUGGACCCCAACGGUCUGUCUGACCCCUAUGUGAAGCUCAAACUAAUCCCUGACCCUAAGAGCCAGAGCAAACAGAAGACCAAGACUAUCCGCUCCACACUCAACCCCGUCUGGAACGAGAGCUUCACCUUCUCGGUGCGCGGGCGGCAGUGGGACCGUCGUCUGUCGGUGGAGGUGUGGGAUUGGGAUCGUACGUCUCGCAAUGACUUCAUGGGAUCGCUGUCGUUCGGAGUGAGCGAGAUAUUCCGUCACUCAGUUAGCGGCUGGUUCAAACUGCUGGAUCAGGAUGAGGGAGAGUACUACAACAUGCCUGUCCCUGACGAAAAUGAGCCUAGUGGUCUAGAUGCUAUUCCCCCCUCCCUUCUCCCCCCCUCCCUGAGGCCUGCCCCUGUGUCUGUGUCUGUGUCUGUGUCUGUCCCCGUGUCUGCCCUGUCCCCCUCAGCCCCGUCAGUCUCCUGUCUGGCCACCCCACCUGCAGGACCCGUCAAGCCCAGGGUUUGCCUCCAGGACUUCAACUUCCUCAUGGUGCUGGGAAAAGGCAGCUUCGGAAAGGUACUACUGGCUGAGGAGAGAGGAAGUGAGCGGCUGUUUGCGGUGAAGGUGUUAAAGAAGGAUGUGCUGUUCCAGGAUGAGGACACAGAGAGUGCCAUGGUGGAGAGGAGGGUUCUGGGACUGGCCAACCGCCCCCACUUCCUCACAGCACUCUACUCAGCCUUCCAGACAGAGGACCGUCUCUACUAUGUGAUGGAGUAUGUCAACGGAGGAGACCUCAUGUUUCACAUCCAGAUAGUUGGCAAGUUCAAAGAGCCCCACGCAGCGUUCUAUGCAGCAGAGAUAGCCAUAGGCCUCUUCUUCCUCCAUACUAAAGGAAUCAUCUACAGGGAUCUGAAGCUGGAUAACGUGUUGCUGGACAGUGAGGGUCAUAUAAAGAUAGCUGAUUUUGGGAUGUGCAGGGAGGGCAUGUUUGAAGGUGACACCACACGUACCUUCUGUGGGACCCCAGACUACAUCGCACCAGAGAUUGUAGCCUACCAGUCCUAUGGUAAGGCAGUUGACUGGUGGUCGUAUGGGGUGCUGCUCUAUGAGAUGUUGGCUGGACAGCCUCCCUUUGAUGGUGUUGAUGAGGAGGAGUUAUUUCAGUCCAUCAUGGAGCAGAGUGUCUCCUAUCCCAAGAGUCUGUCCCGUGAGGCCGUCGCCAUCUGCAAGGGGCUCCUGACCAAGCACCCAGCGAAGCGACUGGGCGGAGGGGAGGAGGGGGAGAAAGAGAUACGGGAGCAUCACUUCUUCCGUUGGAUGGACUGGGACCGACUGGAGAGAAUGGAGAUACAGCCUCCCUUCAAACCCAGAACUGUUAGUCUCUAA